CAAACUCUCUUGUUGCUACCUAGGCGAGCCAGUAAAUAUUCGCUUAUGUAAUUCAAGUAAUUGAGCCCCAGCCGCCACAACUCGUAGGCUGCUCUAACAGACGUGGACCUGCCUCUCUACCCGGCCGCGCCAGACCGUGUUUGCCUUGCAGCCCGCCGGUACGUACCACGGACCUUAGCAGCAACCUCAUUGCACUGCACCUUCUGUAGCUCCAGCCCAGUGACCGGAGCUUCAACUGUCCAACUCGCACUCCAUCCACUCCACGCCAACUGCUCUACUACAACCCCACGACGCGACGAUACGAUACGAAUUAGCGACUGCCAAACUUGCGGCUUCACAUAACGAAUCACCGCUUUCCUUGUCCCCGGCUUCCUCUCGAUAAGACGGCUGCUGGUUGACGUCGAUUGCCCGACCUCGCAUUCUACCUAUCUACCUUCAAGAAGUCAUCAUGUCGUCUCCUUUCUCGAUAAACGGCGGCGCCUGUGUCGCCAUGGUCGGAAAGGACUGUGUCGCCAUCGCAUGCGAUCUUCGCCUCGGUCUCCAGGCUCUUACUGUAUCCAACAACUUCCCCAAGAUCUUCCAGUACGGCGACGUCUUCCUAGGUCUCACUGGCCUGGCUACCGACGUCAACACCGUGAGCGACCUCUUCCGCUACAAGGUCAACAUGUACCGCCUGCGUGAGGAGCGCUCCAUCGCCCCUCGAACUUUUGCCAACCUCGUUUCCUCAUCUCUCUACGAGCGCCGUUUCGGACCUUACUUUGUGUCUCCCGUCGUUGCUGGCCUUGACCCCAAGACUGGCAAGCCUUUUAUCUGUGGUUUCGACAGUAUUGGCUGUAUCGACUUUGCCAAGGACUUCAUUGUCUCUGGUACCGCUUCAGAGCAGCUCUUUGGCAUGUGCGAGGGUCUCUGGGAGCCUGAUCUGGAACCCGAUGCCCUCUUUGAGACCAUCUCUCAGUCGUUGCUCAACGCUGUCGACCGUGAUGCCCUUUCUGGCUGGGGUGCUCACGUUUACAUUAUCGAGAAGGACAAGGUUACCAAGCGAUUACUAAAGGGACGACAGGACUAGAGCGUCGGCGUAAUGGACAAAUCUACACGAAUAGAGUGGGACAAGGAGUGGUUUAUGUAUCUUGUAUGAAUAGAUACUCGGCCAAUAUCAACCGCUGGGUAAUGAGAAUGCACU